UUUCGUCAGAAAGGGUGCUGACUUCAGGUUCCUCAGUAUGGCUGAACACGAGGAGACCCAAGUUGCUGUCCCUCUGAUCGAAGACCAAGACAUGGCGGUUAUUCCUGUGCAAACAACGGAAAGGAGACUCUCUGCCGUUGUAUCCGUUAAUAACCAACAACUCCUCGUUGUGGGACUGGUGGAGCAGACGGCGAACCGUGUCGUUAUCCCUGACAGGAGCGACGAGGAACAGGCAGUGAUCGUGACGAAACGAGCCCGCAGUGUGACGGAGAACACACUAAUUAUCGCAUUAUCGGCUCUGUACGCCAAACUGCUGGUUGUCCUUGGAACGGUGUUCCCUGUGACAGAAGGUCUUGCACCCCAAGUUCCAGGAUCACUCUACCAGGGAUUCUACUUGUAUCUGUAUCUUGGCAGCAUCAUCUUCGUGUGUUUCCUGUACGCCAUGACGCUUAAGGAAAGAGCAGUUAAUAACAUAAUCAGCAGACACAGAAGAAAUGGAGUGGUGUGCCAAUGUCCGGCUUCCUGCUACAGGAGAGAAAUAGUGAGAUAUGGAAGCUUCUACCUGAGGCUUGGAGCAAUGGGGUUUGGUAUUGGAAGCAUGGUGUACUCCGGGCUCGAAUUUGGACAGUAUUUCGCAAAAGACUCUGAUUGCGACGACACGCUUCUGGUCUUCCGAUCCGGCACGAGGAUGCUACUCACACUCAUGCAGAUCCAGUUCAUGUUCCUCAACAACAAAGACAUGCAGAUGGGGCGGUACAUGCCUGUGGCGCGGUUCGGCCUGAUGCACAUGAUCGCUACGAACUUGUGUGAGUGGCUGUACGUCCUAGUGGAGGAGACAAAGCACGACAUUGAGCACCUGAGUCACCUCGAGCACGAGGAUCAUAUGGACGAAAACAACACAGAAGAUGGUUUCAACAAAACAGAGCUGCACCGUUUGAGGCGCAGCGGAUCUUCCCACCAUUGCUCUCGAACCAACAUCGUCGGCAUGUUGGUGCAAAAGUCCAGUCCCUACCUGUUCCCCUGCACCAUAGAAUACAGCCUGAUCUGCGCAGUGACUUUGUACGAGAUGUGGAAACAUAUCAAGAGCCCGCCACGUGUCAGAACAACCCACCACGUGUGUAAUCAAAGCAUGGGUCGAGACUACAGCAGCGGCAGUCUAGGUGGCCUACGCUCGGCUCACCACUUCACAGUAGAUUGUCACAGCUCCCACAAGGGACUGUGUGCCGGCAUCCUGGUGCUUGUCCUCACCAUCAUCAGUCUCGUACUCUUCCUGGUGUUGCACAGUGAAGAAGAAUACGUGAAGCUCGCUGUGUUUGAAGUCAGCUUGUGUGAGAUUUGCAUUUACCUUCUGUGCAUCCUGGCAGUACUGGUAUGCAUGCUCAGGAUCAGAAUACUUCCUGCAGAGACAAACAGGGGUCAUGGUAUGGGCCUGGACAACACUCUACUGGUCAUGUCACAGGCCGGAAUGUACGUCUAUUGCAUAUUUUCCAUUAUCGGAUUCAACUACGCGGAGGAAACGGACGUACCAGCCGGAGUGGUCAUUGAGAUCCUUGCUCUUACAGAAACAACAGCGCAGACAAUCCUAGUGCUUGAUGCAUCCAGUAGAAGGUGUAGGACAAAGGCCGACAAGAAACGCAAACCUGGCAGGCAACUGAUCACGUUCCUCAUUGUGGCCAAUGCCGCCAUGUGGAUGAUUAAUACUAUGCAGAAAGGGCAUGCUGAAUACAACCCAGAGCACCUCAAGUUCUUCGGUGUGUGGCCCUGGACAGUCAUCACCCACAUUUCUAUGCCGCUGGCCAUCUUCUACAGGUUCCACUCCACUAUCUGCCUCUUUGAGAUAUGGAAGGCAAGCUACAAACUCAAGCCAGAACAUUAAUAACACUGUUAUGCAUGGAUAAAGCUUUUAAUCUGUUGCUGCAGGGCCGGUGAAACUUAUAAAGUGUGUUUCGAUAUGCCGAAGGCAUAACACCGUUCAGCAGAAUGCACAAUAGUAUACCUAUACUCCUUUCCGUUCCUGUUUUCAGAUUAUUCAAGUUUUUAAACAAUUCAGUAUGCCCAAUUUUGGCCACCUGCUUGUGAAGCUCAUUGGAAACAAAAUUAAAAUAUAUGUUUACUAGCUCUGUUCAUCGGUUUACUACUGUAUCGUCUCAGCAUAGCUCGAUAUACGUCCGUUUAAUGCUCUUUUUUCUAAAUGAAACACGACGUACAAAAUCAGCUUUCAUAAGUACAUGUUAGCUUAACUAGGCCAUACAAACAUAUAUGUUGAAAGAAAUACACAUAGAGUUCAGUACUGCAAUUCCAUAUCGUUUCAGGAAUUAACAUAAUUUUACAUAUUUUCUCUGAACUCAUAUCAAUUUUUCAUUUAAGGUUUUCAAAUGAAAUGCAUAUAAAUACAUUUUCUAAAAUUGUUUUAAAAUAUCAAUUUGAUAGUUCUGAAAUAAAACACGAUAUAUCCAUUCUCAAAAUAAAAUAUUCUAAUUUGGUGGGAGCUAUAAGACCAAUUAUGCAAUCCAAAAAUAAGCUCUCAAAUAACAUGAAAGAGUUCUAUACGGGUUUGCCCUCAAAUCUGUACAGAGCUCGAAAGGAAACGACAACGAGGACAAUAUGUAACACAGACAAAGAGACCAAUAACGUAACUGAUUAAUCCCAUUUCAGUAUAGGUACAGUAUUUAACAACUCAAAGUGCUUCUCACAAUGUACAGACCUGGGAGGAUGACAGUAUCCUUUUAGACUAAAAUACUGCUCAGUAAGACCAAUAAUAAAGGCUUGACGAAGUUACGGAAUAUGCAAGUCCGGCUGGUGUGGCUUCUAUUUCCAAUCAAAAUUAAUCCGUCUCUUUGAAAUAAUAUCUAACUAUACUUUAAACACAGGAUAAUGCAUAAAGCACAAAUAAGAAAAAAUGAAUUUGGAACGAAGCAGAAGGACGUGAGUGUGACUAGCCUCGAGGUAAUAUCUCAUCAUUUACUUGGCGGGACUCAGAACAACACCAAAUACCUCAAUCAACAACUGGCUGGAGACCUUCAGAAAGUGAGGCAAUGAAAACAGCUACACUGCCAAAGCUAUUUCAUAUCUGUGAUACCUCAAAGCAAACUACACUAUCUGCCUGACGAAAACACAUUUUCAGUGCAUUUUCAUGAAGUUGGUUUGAAGAAACCGGAAGCCUGGUUGAGAAAUAUAAAAGUAUAUAUAUGAAAAUAGACAAAAGAAGUGAUGGAAGCAAGUAACUUGCUGCCUGCUUCAUAGUGGUUUCUAGCUUGGAUUGUUCUUCAGCCCUGCAGAUGGAGGCUAUGUUCCUGCAAAACAUCAGUUGAAUUUCACCAAGCUACAGGGCCAUGUAUCCCAGAAUACAGAACGCUAUAUGUGUUAAAAGGUUUACUCCAAUACAGCACAUACGUUUUGAAGUGUCUCCUCUCUGAAAAUGUGUAUUCCUCUAAAUUCUUUAUGUUAAUUUAUUGCAAAUAAAUAUCAAAUUCUCUUU